AUGGCGCCAGCAACAUCCAAGACUGCUACUCCAAAGGCCACCAAGUCCGACGCCGGUGUCAAGAAGGCCCCUCCUCCUCGCAAGGCCGGCAAGAAGGGAAAUGCCAGGAACGCCAUGAUCAAGAUGCAGGCCUACUUCAAGGAGAACCGCACCAAGUACAAGGAUCUCGACUUCAAGGAGCAGCAGAAGGAGCUUGGCAAAGACGUGAGUUUCAAUGUUGCGCUCGCCACGGUUCCUGCAACCGGUCUAGCCAUUCAUCACCUCACAUCACUGACAUCUUGCAGUGGAAGGCCUCGUCCGAGAACCCAAAGAACGCUGCUGCUUAGUGAUUUCUGGACACCAUCAGCACCAUUGGCCUUUUAUCUUUCAUCACGGAAUCACUUGCUGUCAUUCAGAAGGACGGGUCCAGUCACGUCCAUUGCCUCCACUGGACAGAUUCAUUUUCUACGAGCUACUUCUUCCAAUGUCUUCUUCCUGGUCUUUACCACUCGAGAGGGGUAUGCAUCAUCGCAGGCGUUCUGGAAGGAAGGUUGUGCUUAG